AUGAAGCUCGUGACAGAGAAAUGGGACCCCUCCAGCCCAAGCUGCGUUUUCAAGCAUUACUUCUACAAUAAAGUCGAUGAAGCACACAUUCCCUUUUACAAGCCCCAAGCACACGAAGACCCUCGAGAGUGGGAAGAAGCUCUGCAGAACAAGCCCGCCCCAGGAUUCAUGCCCGUGCUAUGUGCAGGCUACACAGGCGUCGCAGACCGAUUAAAGACACAGAAGCGUGCCAUCUCCGAAUUUAACACACGACUACACCAGAUCAACGGCUGUUUGGAUGCACUGUUGCAGAGACACGAACUGGAGACGGAAACGAGAGCUCUGGCUGCUAGGAGGCGGCAGACAAUGAUUUCCAACCGAUGCCUGGCGCUGGCUGCAAAGGUGCAGAUUCUGAGGAAUCGGGGCUACGCUUUGAGUGGCGAUGAGGAUGAUUUGAAGAGCAGGCUACAGGCUUUGGAGCGCGAUGUGCAAGAUCCUGCGGUCAGCGCGAGGGAAGAAGAGCUGUGGAGUAGGCUGAUUGUUCUAAGGGGAUACUCUGAGAAGCUGAGCAAAGAGCUAGAGAAGCCGGCUGGGGCUGAGGGCGAAGGGCUGGACGAGGAGACACAAGCAAGAGCAAAACGAGUACUGGAAGAUUACGAGAAGCAGCUUGGACACCUGAAAAAAGAGCUUGAGGCGCUGGGUGUGGACUACCAAGAGUGGGAAAACAGCAGAAACCCGCCGCCGCGGUCUCGAUAA